AUGGCGAAUCGUCCGACGCUUGUCCCACCUCCUCCUAUCAACCCUUCGAAAUCUGCCAUUGAGAAUGUAUUAGAACUUCGAGAACUCAGUCAGAUUGGGCCGGACAUCUUCACAAACGCUCACCCCUUAUGGCUCCCUCCUAAUGCACGAGGUGUAUACGGAGGAGCAAUCAUCGCACAAUGUCUUGCAGCGGCACAAUGCACCGUCCCGCGUAACUUUACCGUACACAGCAUGCACUGUUAUUUUGUCCUGGCUGGCAACUCUGCUUUGCCAGUCAUGUACUACGUUGAACAUGUCCGCGAAGGUCGUUCGUUCGCUACCCGCACAGUUCAAGCACGUCAAAAGGGGCAAUGUAUAUUCACUACUACAAUGUCUUUUGUGAGGGAGGAUAGCGGAGGCAAACAGAAGGUCAAUCAUGCGGUUCCAAUUCCAAAGAAUAUUAGACCACCCAAGGAGGAUGACGAAUUGUUCCAAAUGGAGAUGAAUAUUGAUAGCCCAUUUAUCAGUCAGAGGCUUGAGGUCUUGAAUGCCGAGUCUGGGAAGCCGCAUGAACAGAAAAUGAGGCAGUGGAUCAAGGCGAGGGGAAGGAUUAGUGAUGAGGGUGGACAUCAGGCGCAUUUGAAUGCCUUGGCUUAUAUGAGUGACAGCUAUUUCAUUGGCACUGUUGGUAGAAUACACAAGCUCUGGAGAUUUGGUGAGGAAGGAAAGAGAAAGGAGGGGGACAACUCGGAAGAGACGUGGAAGGAUAAGUAUGUGAAGAAACUGAAAGAAGCAGAAGGAUUCGGAGAUGAUUUGAACAACGAUAAGAGGAGUCCGGAGAUUGGAAUGGUAGGCGUUGUGAGACUCAAGCAGGAUGACUCGGAGAAAGCUAAGUUAUAA